AUGAAUAAAAAUAAUAUAAAUUAAUUUUCUUAGAAUCAACCUGCAGAUUUCAUACUUGAACAUCUUAAUGCAACUUGCGAAUUUGGUGAAUAGUUUGAGAAAAUAAAAAAGUAUAAUGUUGAAAAAUAAUUACUGAUGUCAAUAACUUUAAAAGAGGGUUUAGUUGCUGAAUAAUCAAAAACAAAAGAUUUAAUCAUGAGAUUAUAUGAGACUUUACCAAUUAUUUGUGAGAGACAAAUUAAAUAAGCUGAAAAGAAAUUCUAAAAUUUUAUCAUUCCAAUCGCGUUUCUAUUAUAAUUUUAAUGUGAUGAGAUAACAAAAAAUUAAAUCUGUGUUCCGUUCAAAAUUCAUAAUUAAGAUAAAUUAAUUUUAAAUCCAUAAUUUUGUGAUUUCUUAACUUAUUUGGAGAGAUUCAUUUAUGAAAAAUGGUAAUAGAAUGAAAUAAAAUAAAUUGAUGCAAAUGAAUAUUAUGUAAUUCUAUUGUUAUGGAGACUUCGAGAAAAUUUAAAUGAAUUAUAUCAAAAUUUAGCUUAAUUCGAAAUAAUUCUUUUUCCAAAAUAAUAUAAUUUUGCUGUUAUUAAAAUUCAAUAAGGAACUUAAACAAUAUAUUUUCAUUCUGAAAGUCAUAGAUUAUAAUUUUUAAAAUAGAAUAGUAAAUUUCAUUAAAAAUCAACAGCAAUUUCUGAUGCAUUAUUAAAUGAAAAAUUAAAAGAAUUAGAAGUAAACUUAUUUGAUGUUUAUUUGGAAGAUAUAAUACGUAAUAAAGGAAAGAAAAUUGAUAAAAAUGAGAGAAAAAAUAAAGAGUAAAAAUAAAAAUUUGAUAAAGAGUUAAUAAGAAAAAGAAAACAAUAUUAUAAAAUUGUAGAUAAAAAAUGUUUUUAGGUAUGUGCAAGGAAUUUUGUUAAUGGAUAAAGUAUAUUAUGUUUAAAAGGUGAAAUAAAAAAUGAUUUAAAUCAUUCACUUAAAUUUGAAAUAGAUAAAAAUCCAAAAUGUGAAUGUGGAAGAGAAUUUGAUAUACAUUUUUGUGAUACUUUGGUAAUAGACAUAGAUUUCAGAGAUUUUAUAGAUUAGUUAAUUCUAGAAUUACUUUAUGAUCAAAAUUUGGAUUAUAGAAUAUAUUUAAUACCUCUUUAUUUAAGAAUAGAGAUGGACUAAUAUAAAAAUUAAUUUAUUGUUGUAUAUUUUAAAGAUAAACAAAAUAAUAUGGUGUAAAUUAAAAAAUUGUUGUUUAAAGCUAGAAAUUACAAUUAUGAUAUAAAUUUAAUAGGAGAAAAAUAAGUUAAUUAAGAUGAUUUAUUUGGUGGAUUAGAUGUUUAUGAUUAUCCUGAUAAUGAAUUUUAGAUAAUUAAUACAUAAGAAAAAGAAGAUGAUUAAAAAUAGUAGGAUGAUUAAUAGUAGAUAUUUGAUAAAUAAGAAAAAAAAAAUGAAUAAAAAUAGAAGGAUGAUGAAUUUUAGAUAAUUGAUACAUAAGAAAAAAAAAAUGAAUAAAAAUAGUAGGAUGAUGAAUUGAAGAUAAUUGAUGUAUAAGAAAAAGAAAAUGAAUAAAAAUAGUAAAAUGAAGUGUUAUCUUUUGAGAAAUAAUAUAUUUUUACUCCUAGCUAGUAUAAGUAUUGA